AACAGGAACCAAACUAACAUUAGCCAUUGAUUGGAGAGGAAACGUCUCAGAAAAGCACUAUCCAAAUCCAUACAGUUAUCUCUAUAAAACUAAGGCUUGAAGACAGUGGUUGAACAUGGAAGAUCUCUCGCCUGCUGAAACCUCUACAGCUGUUAAAGUCUCUCCACCAGAUCCCAUCUUUGAGAAGAUUAGCUUAGGAGAGCUGUCUGCAGUUUCAGCCAAGCCAGUGGAGAUAUGGAAGAAAGGAGGCCGCCUCCUCUCUGGGCUGCUGGGAAUAAAUAUAGUUCUGCUGGGGUGCGCUCUGGUUAGCAGUGGUGCUUUUACCGAUGUUUCAGUGGCAGAAAGGGAGGUGCUAUCCUUCCUCAGUGUCCUCAUGGGGGUCUGUAGUAUCUGGAUGGUCUCAUACCUCCUGUGGACAUCAAGGCACAAAAAUAACCUCAAACUGAAAGAUUCACAUGCUGGGCCUAUCUGGCUGAGAGGAGGUCUGGUGCUCUUUGGAGUGUGCACACUGGUUCUGGACGUUAUGAAGAUUGGCAAAUCAAUCACUCUGAUACAUUGUGAAUCACCAGUCAAAAUUGUCCACCCUGUUAUACAGGCUGUGUUUGUGGUAAUACAGACCUAUUUUCUUUGGGUCUGCUGUAAGGACUGUGCACAGUUACACAUGAACCUCACCAGAUGUGGCCUCAUGAUAACACUCAGCACUAACCUGGCAGUAUGGAUGGCGGCUGUAACAGAUGAGUCUUUGCAUCAGACACAUGAGUUAAAUAUGGGUGUGAACUAUACAUUCAAUGCCACUGCUGGGGUAAGAGCAGCAGGUGGAGGAUCACAUGGAUGUGAUUGUGAAACCCACAUGUGUAAAACCUUUCAGAAUGGCUAUUAUUAUCUGUACCCCUUUAAUAUCGAAUACAGCCUCUUUGCUUCAGCCAUGUCCUACGUAAUGUGGAAGAAUGUGGGUCGAGUGAUGAGCGAGGACCACCACCACACUAGCCACAAGUUCAAAACUCGAAAUCUGUUUAUGGGACUUAUUUGCGGUAUCGGGGUCCUUGUUGCCGGUCUUGGAGUCUUCAUUGUUUAUAAGAUCGAGGUGGACACAGAAGACAGCAAAUCACAAGCAAUUACCAUGUUUUACAUUUUUAAUAUCACAGCCCUUAGCCUAAUGUCCAUUGGUUCACUCGCUGGAACUAUCAUCUAUCGGUUUGACAAAAGGGACAUGGACAACCACAAGAACCCCACUAGGACUCUUGAUGUGGUCCUGCUUCUUGGGGCUGCCCUUGGGCAAUAUUGUAUUUCCUAUUUCUCCAUAGUGGCUAUGGUGGCCUUGCAACCUGGAGAACAGUUGCACACUCUGAUCUUGGUAAAUUCUUUACUCUUGAUUGUGCAACACACCCUACAGAACACCUUCAUUAUUGAGGGGUUGCACCGGCAGCCCCGCACAAAUAACCACCACGCUACAGAACUACAGGAAAAAGGUCAUUCCCCCCAUGUCUAUAUCAAUCCAGCAGCCACCAUCUCCCACAGCAACCACUCCCCUUCCAGUGAUAGAAAACACGAAUCUGACCUAGAGACAAAGCAACAUGGGACUCCCACCAGCUUCCCAGAAUAUAACUCUAAAGCUGACUGGAGAAGGAAAAUUCUGAAGGAGAUCUCUUUGUUCCUCCUCGUUUCUAACAUCAUAUUUUGGAUUAUGCCCGCUUUUGGUGCCAGACCCCAGUUUGACAACCGCUUGGAACUUCAUUUCUAUGGGUACAGCAUGUGGGUGGCGAUUGUCAACAUUGGUCUUCCCUUUGGGAUCUUCUACAGGAUGCACUCUGUUGCCAGCCUCGUGGAAGUCUAUAUUAUGACUUAA